GGAAGCCUAAUCGUGGCAACCUAUCUAAACUAGCUCAUACUCCAAGCAUGACUGCAUGAGCGACGAGCCGCCUGACUCCUCACUCCCGAGUCCUCACGCCAAGUGCCUUGCCAACUGAACCCGCUUCGCCGUGGGGGGAAUCGGGAGACAGGUAGCCGGCGUGUUCCGGGCGCGGUGAUCCGAGAGUCUGCCCCGCGCGCAUUUCCCCGCCCCGUCCCCUCGCUCGGCUCCAGCAGGUGCUCGGAUCCGCCGCGCGCCCACGAGCUUUGAGCUUUUAGAGCACCGGGAACGUCGCCGCCGCGACCAUGGCGCUGACCGAGAGGCAGCCGCAGCCGGAGAAGAAGGCGCCGCGGGCGAGGCCGAUGUCGGGGAAGGCCGUCGUCAUGCUGUGCGCCACGAGCUUCUUCGUGGGGCUGCUGCUCAGCGGCCGGACGGCGCUUCUGACGCCGCCGUCGAGCGACCCCUCCGGUCACGGCUCCAGGAUCCAUCUGUUCGCCGACGACUGUGAUCAAAGCAGGCGUAAGCUGGAGGAGGGCAAGCCGAACGACAUCAUGAAGGAGGUGUCAAGAACGCACCAAGCGAUCCAGUCCCUGGACAAGUCGGUGUCGUCGCUGGAGAUGGAGCUGGCCGUGGAGCGCGCCCGGCAGAACGGCGGCCUGGGCGUGGCGGCGCCGUCGAGGGGCCUCCCGAAGGCGUUCGUGGUGGUCGGCAUCAACACGGCCUUCAGCAGCAAGAGGCGCCGCGACUCGCUGCGGGACACCUGGGUGCCCCGGGGCGACAGGCUGCGGCGGCUGGAGAGGGAGAAGGGCGUCGUGGUCCGCUUCGUGAUCGGGCACAGCGCGACGCCCGGCGGCGCGCUGGACCGCGCCGUCGACGUGGAGGCCGCGGCGACGGGGGACUUUUUGCGGCUCGACCACGUGGAGGGCUACCACGAGCUGUCCGCCAAGGCGCGGGCCUACUUCGCCACCGCCGUCGCCACCUGGGACGCCGACUUCUACGUCAAGGUCGACGACGACGUGCACGUCAACCUGGGGAUGCUGGCGGCCAGGCUCGCCAAGCACCGGGCCAGGCCCAGAGUCUACGUCGGCUGCAUGAAGUCCGGCCCCGUCCUUUCGCAGAAGGGCGUGAAGUACCACGAGCCGGAGUACUGGAAGUUCGGCGACGAGGGGAACAAGUACUUCCGCCACGCCACGGGCCAGAUCUACGCGGUCUCCAGGGACCUCGCCUCCUACAUCUCCAUAAACCAGCCGAUCCUGCACCGGUUCGCGAACGAGGACGUGUCGCUCGGCGCCUGGCUCCUCGGGCUGGAGGUCGAGCACGUCGACGACCGCAGCCUCUGCUGCGCCACGCCGCCAGACUGCGAGUGGAAGAAGCAGGCCGGGAACGUGUGCGCGGCGUCCUUCGACUGGUCGUGCAGCGGCAUCUGCAAGUCGGCGGAGAGGAUGAGGUCCAUCCACAGCGCCUGCGGCGAGGGCGACGGCGCCGUCUGGAGCGCCGCCGCCAUCUGAUCCCCGAUGGCGAUAGUCCACCCACUGCAUGAUGAGCACCAGCUAGCUAGCCUUUUUGGAAAGUUUUUUCUUUGCUCAUUUAUUUCCAUCUAGAAUUCUCUGGAACUCUCGGACGGAAGCCAUGCGGCGCUGUCUGAGAAUUCAGGAUCGCGUACGUUCUCAUCAUGUGCUAGCCACGCAACAGGUGGUGGUUGCAGCACGAUGCGUGCAUGUGCUUGUGGAAUCGACAGGAUCGUGUGCUGUUUAGCUUUGCAGAAUUGCAAGGGUCUGAGCUCAAUCGCACCGCUGCUCGAUCGAUCUCUUGGUCCUGACUCCUGCC